UUUGCAAAUUUUACCUUUUGACAUCAGCUAAAAUGUUAUCUAUUUGUUAUGUUAUUUGUGUUUUACAUUUUAGUGUUUUUAAAUAUAAAUUAUGCAGAAAUCAGUUGCUUUACGUUGAGCUAUAAUGAGCUGGAUAAAGUAAUUAAUGUGACGAAUACCACAACUGUACCAGAUCUCUUAACGCGAAAUAAUGCAACAACAAGACACUUUUUUAAGAUGAUCCAAAAUUUAAAAAGUACCAAGACAGUCUUUUCUAAUUUAAAAUCGAACGUGUUUGAUAAAAUGUUAUCAGAAGAGAUGUUAUCGAUCAAAGAACAUUUGUUUGAAAAAGACCUCUCCCAAGUUUCUCUGUUACUGUCAACUAAUGCCAAUGCGCCUACUCCAACUCUUGAAAUAAAGCAAAAAUGGUCUUUUGUGGACUAUGGAACUAUAGAUGACAACAAUGCCAAGAAUAAAUCCAUUUACCAAUCUAUUGAUGAUUCUCGUGAUGAACCUAAUAUUGAUGAUGAAAAGACAGAUAAUGAAAUUGGUGAAGAACAAAAUUCAAGUAAAAAAUUUGUAGGUCUUAGAAGUUUGUCCGGUGCACAUUCGCACGGGAAUAUCCAACGAAGUCGUCUACAAAACUCUCCCAAAAACGUUAGCAGCACAAAAGGAGUCAAAUUAUGUACUUGUACAAAAGUGAAUAAUCCUUCAGAGGUAUGUACUCAUCGCAGUGAUAGUACUUGUAAAUGUGGUGUAAAUGAUCUCAAAGAAUGUACUCGUGCUCUCCAAACAUUUAGUGAACCUGUACCAGUCGUCUAUUCAUAUGUUACGUAUCCAACUUACUUCGUUGAGGUAUCAACAUAUUCACCAUUCAGAGAUUACUUCUAUCACCCUGAUGUUAUUGAUGAGAUGAAAUUACCAAAAAAGCGUAAGAAACAUAAACAUAGACACAAGCACAAGAAUCGAAUUGACGAAGAGAGUUUAUAUUAUGAUGAUAGUAAGGAAGGUUUUUUUAAAGGAUACGACGACCAAAUAUACGACGAUGAAUUACCGGAAAAACAUCCACAAAAAAAUGAAGAUAAAAAAGUAAUGAUUGACAUAGAUUAUGAAGUUAGAGAUGAAAAGGGAAAACUUCCUAAGACAACAUUACCAUGGGAAGAUGGAUAUAUCGAGAAUGUAAUAAAAGAGAAGCUUGUGAAUGAUAUGGUAAAAGAUUUGAAGCAGCAAUACGCAGACGCCGUUUUGAAAGACUGUUACUGUUCAGCUUUCUCCUUGCAUGCCAAUGUUGCAAUUUGUCAAAUGUUACUCACAGUUUUAGGAUUUUUCUGGUUGUAUGAGAAAUUGUAGUAGCGCUAACAUCUUUUUUAUCAAAAGAGCACGAUUUAAA